AAAAGUGCGCGCACAGCUGUCAGCACCAAGGACAGCUCCGCUGCAGAACAACAGCAGCCGACGCGCAAAUAGAAGAGAAGGACGACACGAGACGCAUCACUGAAUUCCGCUGCCAGGCUUCAUGUGACUUUCUUGCUCUGUCUGUCUGCAGCCUGACUUUAAGGGGGAAUUAAGAAAAAGGCUGCAGUGAAUGUCGGUCUCUCAGAUGCCAUCGCCUAAAUGAACAGGGCACCAUGAACACAUCGCCGCAGUGUGAGUGCGUUUCGCAACUGGAAUUCUAAAAAUUGCCACACUGGACAUUGCUUUCAAUCUCCUCAACCGAAUAGCCCCCACACGAGGCUCCGGCAGCGAUAACAGGGGAGGAUACUGGGGCUCUCCGUGCGCUCUUCUGGCCCUCCACACGAUGCGUCUGCUUCUGCUGGCUGCGUUGUUCUCCUGCUCCUGCGUGCGGGGCGGCUGCGAGCCCAAGAUUGUGAACAUCGGGGCUGUUCUGAGCCAGAAGAGAUACGAGCAGGUGUUCAAAGAUGCGGUCACCCAGGCGAACCAGGUGUACGGAAGGGAUAAAUUCAAGCUGACCGCAAUCUCUGUCACUCACAAACCCAAUGCGAUUCAGAUGGCGCUGUCUGUGUGUGAGGAUCUUAUUUCCAGUCAGGUGUACGCAAUCCUGGUGAGCCAUCCACCACAAUCUAAUGACCAUCUGACGCCCACGCCGGUCUCCUACACCGCAGGGUUCUACCGCAUACCUGUAGUUGGGCUCACCACCAGGAUGUCCAUUUACUCAGACAAGAGCAUCCAUCUCUCGUUUCUGCGUACAGUACCACCAUAUUCCCACCAGGCACAUGUGUGGUUUGACAUGAUGAGGGAAUUCCGCUGGAAUCACAUCAUUCUUAUCGUCAGUGACGACCAUGAAGGCAGAGCGGCGCAGAAAAGACUAGAAACACUUCUAGAGGAGAGAGAGACCAAGAAUAAAAAAAGGAACUAUGAAAACCAAGACCAACUGUCCUAUGACAACAAGAGAGGACCUAAGGCCGAGAAAGUGCUUCAGUUCAACCAAGAGACUAACUUAACUGCUCUGCUCCUGGAGGCCAAAGAGCUGGAGGCUCGAGUGAUCAUUCUCUCAGCCAGUGAGGAAGAUGCAGCCGCCGUGUACAAAACAGCGCGCUUCCUGAACAUGACAGGCUCAGGCUAUGUAUGGCUGGUCGGGGAGCGUGAGAUGUCCGGUAAAGCUUUGAGCGAGGCCCCUGAUGGGCUGAUCGGCCUCCAGCUCAUCAACGGCAAGAAUGAGUCGGCACACAUCAGCGAUGCUGUUGCCGUCGUAGCCCAGUCAAUCCAAGAGCUCUUUGAGAAAGAGAACAUCACAGAACCUCCGAAGGGCUGCGUGGGCAAUACAAACAUCUGGAAGACCGGGCCACUCUUUAAAAGGGUAUUGAUGUCUUCUAAGUAUCCAGAGGGCCUAACAGGACGCGUUGAGUUCAAUGACGACGGAGACAGAAAAUACGCUCAUUACAGCAUUCUCAACUACCAGAAGAGCAGACUGAUUCAAGUCGGCAUUUACAAUGGAACACAAGUGGUGAUGAAUAAGCAGAGGAAGAUCAUUUGGCCUGGAGGUGAAACAGAGAGACCGAGAGGAUUCCAGAUGUCUACUCGAUUAAAGAUAGUGACCAUUCAUCAGGAACCCUUUGUGUAUGUGAAGCCAACUACGCUGGAGGGGACCUGCAAGGAAGAGUACACACCUAAUGGAGUCUUAAUUAAAAAGGUGAUCUGCACAGGACCAAAUGAGACCAUCCCAGGACGCCCAAUUGUUCCCCAAUGUUGCUACGGAUUUUGCGUUGACCUUCUGAUCAAAUUGGCAAUGACCAUGAACUUCACCUAUGAAGUACACCUGGUGGCAGAUGGAAAAUUUGGAACACAGGAAAGAGUAAAUAACAGUAACAAGAAGGAAUGGAACGGCAUGAUGGGUGAGCUCCUGGGUGGCCUUGCUGAUAUGAUUGUUGCUCCCUUGACAAUCAACAACGAACGAGCCCAGUACAUAGAAUUCUCCAAGCCUUUCAAAUACCAGGGACUGACUAUCCUUGUGAAAAAGGAAAUUCCUCGUAGUACACUGGACUCGUUCAUGCAGCCAUUUCAGAGCACACUGUGGCUACUGGUGGGUCUGUCGGUACAUGUGGUGGCGGUGAUGCUUUACCUACUAGACCGGUUCAGCCCAUUUGGAAGGUUUAAAGUAAACAGUGAAGAAGAAGAAGAGGAUGCCCUCACCUUAUCUUCAGCUAUGUGGUUUUCCUGGGGCGUCUUGUUGAACUCUGGAAUCGGAGAAGGUGCCCCACGAAGCUUUUCAGCAAGAAUUUUGGGAAUGGUGUGGGCUGGCUUUGCUAUGAUUAUAGUAGCAUCUUAUACUGCCAACCUGGCUGCCUUCCUGGUGUUGGACCGGCCUGAGGAGCGCAUCACCGGCAUCAAUGACCCAAGGCUAAGGAACCCAUCAGACAAGUUCAUCUAUGCCACAGUGAAGCAGAGUUCGGUGGAUAUUUACUUCCGGCGACAAGUUGAGCUGAGCACCAUGUACCGCCACAUGGAAAAGCACAACUAUGAGAGCGCCGCUGAAGCCAUCCAGGCUGUUCGGGACAACAAGCUGCAUGCUUUCAUCUGGGACUCUGCGGUGCUGGAGUUUGAAGCCUCGCAGAAGUGCGACCUGGUGACCACGGGAGAGCUGUUUUUCCGUUCGGGCUUUGGCAUAGGCAUGCGCAAGGACAGCCCCUGGAAACAGAAUGUGUCCCUGGCUAUUCUCAGUUCCCAUGAGAAUGGCUUCAUGGAGGACCUAGAUAAAACCUGGGUGAGAUACCAGGAGUGUGACUCAAGGAGCAAUGCCCCAGCCACACUCACCUUUGAGAAUAUGGCAGGUGUCUUCAUGCUAGUUGCUGGGGGCAUUGCAGCAGGGAUCUUCCUUAUCUUUAUCGAAAUUGCAUACAAGCGCCAUAAAGACGCCCGCAGGAAGCAGAUGCAGCUAGCCUUUGCGGCCGUCAACGUUUGGAGGAAGAACCUACAGGACACUAAGGAGAGCUCAGGGAGUCAAGCUGUGGGUGCGGCUGGGACUCCAUCUUUACCCUCUUCCUCUGUAGAGACUCAGGAUGAUAGGAAAAGUGGUAGAGCAGACAGCGAGCCAAAAACGAAACCCUCUUUUAGGUCCAUCAGUACCAACCUGGCCUCCAGCAUCAAGAGACGUAGGUCCUCCAAAGACACGCAAUUCCCACCCACAGACAUUACGGGCCAACUCAACUUGUCCGACCCGUCUGUCAGCACGGUGGUGUGAGGCAGAGAGAGAGAGAGGGAGAGUUUAACAUAAAGACAUUUUCAUUCUUUAGAGAAAAACAAAAAGGAACUUGAGGGGAGCGUUGUAGUACAACUCCUCUAGGUUUCGCACAAUGGAUCCAUCACGAACGAGAACUACUGAGCCACUUCACCUUUAUGGAGAUCCAAUGGGACCUGUCGGAACUUGAUGGUGGACUGAAAGGAAUGGCAUGACACUGCACUGGAACGCUGCCAACACACAGAUCAUAUAAACACAUAAACACUUUCAGCUUGAAGCUAAAAUUAAUAUACAUUAUUAUCAUCCUCAUUUCAUCCACCAGAACUUCUUCUGUAUAAAUUCUUUAUGAUUAUGUAGAAACAUUUCUUAUUAGUAUUAGUGAUUAUUUCUAUGUUGAUUUAGUGGUUUAAAUAUUGUACAGUAUAAUUUAGAACAAAGCAAAACUUUUCAUGUCGCAAGGCCGAUUCUAAGGCCGCUAUUUAAUGAAUUAACUAGCUGUAGUGCGUAUAAGAUUAAUUAUAUUCAUCAUAUACAUGACUAUUUAUCGUCUUUACUUUUUAUUGUUUUACUUGCAUUCUGUUCAUUGUUUUUUAUUCUUUGUCUAUAAUCUAUAAAGCAAAAUGUCAGCCAAUCAAGCACAUAAGCUGUGCAGUUUCAAAUAUCAUUGUCUUUCAUAUCAUUUCUAUCAUCCCUCUGCAUGUAAUAUGCAUGCAAAUUUGUCCCUCAAGGAUUAGGGACAAGAUAAAUAUUUUGUAUACCCCUCCACAUAUCACAGAAAAGAGAUAUAAUUAAAAUUGAAGUCACACAUGCAAACUCUCCUUCAAACUCAACUAAUACAAACAGUUCUUCCUCUUUAAAGUUCUUACACAGUCGUUCUCAUCUUCAGUCUGAUGGGUGCAUCAAGGGGCCGAGUUUUUUCAUCCAACUAGCAUUUGGCAUCUCAUGCAAAAUCAUCUCUGUGUGGCAUCCCCAGAGAUCUUUUACAUGAGAAAAUCCCAAGUGUGCCCCUUUAUUUUCAACGUUGGUGCUGCAGUUUCGUACACCUAUUGGUUAGAUGGCAAAACUGGCCCGUUCCCAAGUUCUGGAGUUGAGAAACAUCAACGAAAGCUGUACAAAUAAGGACAGAUUACUGUAAAUGUUUACUUAUGGAAACUCCCCUGUAAGAGAGAUCACUUACCUAGCACUUUAAUGUGAAUCUGUCAGAAGCUAAAUGCAUAUGAAAUUUAUGCAAUUUGCCAAAUGUUGAUUGUAAUACUCGUACUUGAUAUGAAAAUGCACAUUUGAGAAUGUGAAAUAUGUAACUGUCAGCUGUUUGAUUUGAACAAAACACUCAUUUUAAUAGUUUUCAUAUCAAGAGAUUUAGACAGAUUUGUUUCUAACUAUGUCAAAUUCUUCUAGUACAUACUGCAGAUAUCCUCUGUUUACUAACUGUUAACUUCUACUUUAGGUUUUAGACUUUUUAAACUGGCAGAUGUAUGCACAGUAUGUUCUUUUCUCAUUGCUUGGGUCAAUGAAUGUGGUUUGUACUCUAGAGGAACAAUUAUACCUGAUUUCAGGGCAUGUGAAAUUUGAAUUCAGCUCAAGUUGCCUGGACUGCUAGAUUGUCAUAUGAAAAUGUUGAUAAGGAAAUGUUUUUAUGAGAAACUGUCACACUGUAAAUGACACACAACCACAAAGAGAUAAAUCACAUCACACAUAGGCUACAACACACAUAUCCUGUGCAUAUAUCUUAGUUAAAUAAAUGCUACAUGUUUUUGUUAAUUUUAGAUAUUUCUUCGAACGAAUACAUAAUGUUUGCAUUUUGACAAAACUAACGUUAUUCAGAAAUAACAUUUCUGUGCCAAUAAAUUUGUGCCAUAUCAGUUCCAGA